CGGGGAGGCAGCCGCGGCCGCCGGACGCGAAGGGCUGAGGCUCCCCCGCCGCCCGGGCCGGGGAUGGGGAACGUGGAGAGCGCGGACGGGGAGCCGCUGCCCCGGGGCCCGGGCGGAGCCCCCCUGGGGGGGUCCGGGCUGCUGCAGCCGGGGAAGAUGCCGAUGCCGGAGCCCUGCGAGCUGGAGGAGAGGUUCGCCCUGGUGCUGAGCUCCAUGAACCUCCCGCCUGACAAAGCCCGGCUCCUGCGCCAGUACGACAACGAGAAGAAAUGGGACCUGAUCUGCGACCAGGAGAGGUUCCAGGUGAAGAACCCUCCCCAUACCUACAUCCAGAAACUGCAGACCUUCCUGGACCCCGGCAUGACUAGGAAGAAGUUCAGACGGAGGGUGCAGGAAUCGACCAAAGUGCUGCGGGAGCUGGAGAUCUCCUUGAGGACCAACCACAUCGGGUGGGUUCGGGAGUUUCUCAAUGACGAGAACAAAGGCCUGGACGUCUUGGUGGAGUAUCUCUCCUUCGCGCAGUGUGCCGUGAUGUUUGAUUGUGAGGGUCUGGAAAGCGGUGAGGACGGCGCGCUAGAAAAGCUGAAAUCCUGGAGCAGAUCCAUCGAGGAUCUGCAGCACCCCAUAACCCUGUCUGCCCCCUUCGCCACCAGCCUCGCCCGCUCUGCGCGCCCGUCCGCCCUACGCUGCAGCACCUUGCCCAGCAGGAAGGCGUUGAAGAACUCGCGGCUGGUGAGCCAGAAGGACGACGUCCACGUCUGCAUCAUGUGCCUGCGGGCCAUCAUGAACUACCAGUACGGAUUCAACCUGGUGAUGUCCCAUCCCCACGCCGUCAAUGAGAUCGCGCUCAGCCUGCAUAACAAGAACCCCAGGACCAAGGCCCUGGUGCUGGAGCUGCUGGCGGCUGUCUGCCUGGUGAGGGGAGGCCACGAAAUCAUUCUCGCUGCCUUCGACAACUUCAAAGAGGUCUGCAAAGAGACGCACCGCUUUGAGAAGCUCAUGGACUACUUCCGGAACGAGGACAGCAGCAUCGAUUUCAUGGUGGCCUGCAUGCAGUUCAUCAACAUCGUGGUGCACUCGGUGGAGGACAUGAAUUUCCGGGUGCACCUGCAGUACGAAUUCACCAAGCUGGGCCUGGAGGAGUUCCUGCAGAAGUCGCGGCACACGGAGAGCGAGAAGCUGCAGGUGCAGAUCCAGGCCUACCUGGACAACGUCUUCGACGUGGGGGGGCUGCUGGAGGAUGCGGAGACCAAGAACGUGGCGCUGGAGAAAGUGGAGGAGCUGGAGGAGCACGUAUCCCACUUGACGGAGAAGCUGCUGGACCUGGAGAACGAGAACGUGAUGCGCGUGGCGGAACUGGAGAAGCAGCUGUUACAGCGAGAGAAAGAGCUGGAGCUGGUCAAGGAGACCUUCGAGAGCGCGACUCACCAGGUGCACACGCUGCGCAGGAUCGUCAAGGAGAAGGAGGAGGCUUUCCGGCGCCAUUGCGGCUCCCGCCAGCCCGGGGAGCCGGGGGGUGACCCGCUGCCGCCCCUGGGGGGCGAAGGGGACAUCCCCGACUGCGACCUCCGCCUCCCGGUCUUGCCUCCUGUGGAGGCAGCCCCCCCGCCCCCGCCGCCCCCGCCCCCUGUGCCCCCGCCGGCCCCGCCACUGCCAGACAGGUGCCCCCCUGCGCCCCCACUGCCUGGGUCCUCGCCCUCCGUCAUCCUCACCGUGGGGUUGUCAGCCAUCCGGAUAAAGAAGCCCAUCAAGACCAAGUUCCGCCUGCCCGUCUUUAACUGGACGGCCCUGAAACCCAACCAGAUCAGCGGCACCGUCUUCAGUGAGCUGGACGACGAGAGGAUCCUGCAGGACCUGGACCUGGACAAGUUCGAGGAGCUCUUCAAAACCAAAGCUCAGGGCCCCGCCGUGGAGCUGGUCUGCGCCAAGAGCAAGGCCUCGCACAAGGCGGCCAGCAAGGUGACGCUGCUGGAGGCCAACCGGGCCAAGAACCUGGCCAUCACGCUGCGCAAGGCGGGCCGCAGCGCCGAGGAGAUCUGCAGAGCCAUCCACAUGUUCGACCUGCAGACGCUGCCGGUGGACUUCGUGGAGUGCCUGGCGCGGGUGCUGCCGACCGAGGCGGAGGUGAAGCUGCUGCGGCAGUACGAGAAGGAGCGCAAGCCGCUGGAGGAGCUGGCGGACGAGGACCGGUUCAUGCUGCACUUCAGCAAGGUGGAGCGCCUGGCGCAGCGCAUGGCCAUCAUGGCCUUCCUGGGCAACUUCCACGAGAACCUGCAGAUGCUGACGCCGCAACUCAACGCCGUCAUCGCUGCCUCGGCCUCCGUCAAGGCGUCUCAGAAGCUGAAGCACGUGCUGGAGAUCGUCCUGGCCCUCGGCAAUUACAUGAACAGCAGCAGGCGCGGCUGUGUCUACGGCUUCCGGCUGCAGAGUCUGGACCUGCUGCUGGACACCAAGUCGACCGACCGGAAGCUGACACUGCUGCACUUCAUCGCGCUGACCGUGCGGGAGAAGUACCCGGACUUGGCCACCUUCUGGCAGGAGCUGCACUUCGUGGAGAAGGCAGCAGCAGUGUCCCUGGAGAACGUGCUGCUGGACGUGAAGGAGCUGGGGCGCGGCAUGGACCUGAUCCGGCGCGAGUGCAGCAUUCACGACAACAGCGUCCUGCGCAACUUCCUGGGCGCCAGCGAGGGCCGGCUGGAGAAGCUGCAGAAGGACGCCAGGACGGCGGAGGACGCCUACAACAUGGUCGUGCGCUACUUUGGCGAGAGCCCCAAGACGAUGCCCCCCUCCGUGUUCUUCCCCGUCUUCGUCCGCUUCAUCCGCUCCUACAAGGACGCGGAGCAGGAGAACGAGCAGCGGAAGAAGCAGGAGGAGGUGUUGCGGGAGAAGAUGCUGGCCCAGGAGGCCAAGAAGCUGGAGAAGAGGAACAAGUGGCAGGAGCAGGAGCUGAUCGCGGAGCUGCGCCGGCGCCAGGCCAAGGAGCACCGGCCCGUCUACGAGGGCAAGGACGGGACCAUCGAGGACAUCAUCACGGACCUUCACUCCCAGCCGCUCAGACGGGCCAACGCCGCCAGCCGGAGCCUGGACCCCAGGGGCCUCUGUCCUGCCCCUCCCGCCCCCUGCCCCAACUCCGCACUGAAGGACCAAAGGGACCUUGGGCGAGGCUGGCUCUGUGCCUUGGGAAGUGCCUUAGAGCGACAGUAUUAGCGAGGGCCGAGGGCCUGCACCUCUGGGGCAAGGAAGCUCCACUUCGGCACGGUCGGGGCCGGCGUCCGCACCGGCACCGUUGGAAGGACACUGGCAGAUGCAGCAACCCCUGGCGCUCGGGUUCCAGCGGCCGUGACCCUGGGUGUGGGCCCCCCUGUGGCCCGAGUCUGGGGGGGGCAGGGUUAGACCGACCCCCACCGGGUCUCGAGCCAGCGCAGCCGCUGCAGGGAGGCUGUGGCCCAGGUACCAACCAGCCCCCUCCCUGCCUUGUUCCCAGCCGCUUGGAAACGCUCCAGCCCAUGGCAGCGUAGGCGGCUGCUGGCCCCGCGUGGCUGCCCCGGCCUUCUCCAGGCACAACGCCCUCUGGAAAGCCAAGGCCUGACCGCCAGCCUCACCUGGGGCUACACCAGAACCGGGCUCGGGGCCCCUUGCACCUCCCCUGGGGCGAUUUCCCAUCGCUGGCCCUGUGCAACACAUGGAGGGCACCAGGGCUGACCCGGGCCAUGUGCUGUGUCCGGGGCCAGGAACCACUGGGAGACGGGGCCUUUCCUAAACCCAAAAGCCGGCCAGCCCGGCCGGCCGUGUCCUCCAAGGGCAGACGUGUCCCAGCUGGGGUGGAGGCCAGGAUCCUGCAGGGGGUUGGGUACCACCUUCCACUGCCAUUGGGGCCUGAAUGAGCCUCACCCCCGCUGCCGGCGUAACACCAUCCAAGCUAGGGCCUGAGCCUCCAGCGGCCCCAGAGGUUCCCCCAACCCGGCCUCCCUGGUGACGGCCGUGAUGCCUCCUCCUUGCCGCGCCCCAAGGCCUGUCCUUAAAGGUGGGAUGGGGCCUGGUGUGACCUGCCCUGACGAACAGUGGUGUUCUCCAGACCAAAUACUAAGUGCAGUGGGCCCUGACGUGCCCUGCACGCGGCCUUCGCGCCUGUCUCCUUGUCAAAGCAACGGCUGCAAUCGGCCUUCUCCGCUCCACUCGCUGGGGUCUGCCGCGCCUGGUGCCUCUCUGCUCUGACCUGGGCAAACGCUGACCCCCCACCCCCAGGAGAGUCUCGUGGGGGGAACUGCCACACCCCGGCCCACAGCCAGUGCAGGGGGAGGGCUGGCUCAGGGCCCCUUGCACUUUGGUGGGUCACGUCAGCGAAAUGCCCCAGUGGGCCCCGGUCCAGCCACUUGACCAAACACUAUCAGUUGAGCAUUCGGGGUGUCAGUGAUUUUGGGAGGGGAACAUGUCCCUGCAGUGGCAAACCAGGUUCAGCUCCAGCUUGGGGGGGCGUGUAAACAAGCUGGCAACAGUGGUAGUGGGCCUUGGAGCACGUGCUGCGGCAGCCACUAAACCAAAGACGCUCCCCCCGCUGUCACAGCCGUGCCCGGCCUGGAAGAGCGCCCAAUCCGCGUGUUAGCCCUCCUCUGCCGCCAGGAGAUGGGAGGCCGUCCCGAAGCCCCUAAGGGAGCUGCCCGGGGAAUCAGCCCCUUCCCACCCUGGGCCCGGUUAUUUUUCAGAGCAGACCAGCACUUUACCCCCCGCCCUCCCUGGGCAUUCAGCUCCUGCCCCGAGGCCCGGGGCUGCACGAACACUAUUGGAACGAAAGGGACCAAGGCCCAGGCGGUGGCUGCAGCGGGGCCGCUGCCCGCCCCACGGCACCCACGUGGCUGCCCGAUUGUUUACAGUGUCGCCGUUGUCGCUCUGUAGCUAGCUGUGACUUUUUGUACAUGUGAAAUAUACUGACUGUUUAUGCA